AUGGCGAGGAUCAUGGCCUACCUGAUCGCCUACCAGGGCAUGGCCGACGACGUCGGCGACGUCAACGCGGCCGAGGAAGUCUACAAGGACAUCGACGCCAUCGAGUACACCGACAUGAUGCAGGAGCUGACGAAGCGAUGCAACGUGUCGACGAUCCGAGCAGUCAAGCGCGCGUAUGUCAGCCUGGGCCGCCCUUCGAACGCAGCGCUGGCGGUCGCCGCGCAGCAUGCGGGUGUCCGAGCAGACUGGGCCCAGUGCGCCGGGCUCUCCCACUGCAAGGUCUGCCUAGGCAGGCAGAGGCCUCGAGCGGCGCGCGUCGCAGUGCUGCCGAGAGCCAAGAGGUUCAACGAGGUGGUUUGCACCGACGUCUACCACGUCGCGUGGAAGAAGAAGGAGAGGGAGAUCCUGGCCAGCAUGGGCGAAUUUACGCGCUACGAGGUCGACUGCCCGACCUCGAAGGACACGUUUCUGAAGGAGUCGAAGCUAUGGGAGAAGCUGUGGAUCAGCCGGGCUGGCGAGCCCGAGACAAUUCGGAUGGGCGCGGGGGGCUCGCGCGCGGCCGGACACACGCACGGCAGGAUAAGCAAGCAUGGCAUCAAGCCCGACCUGAUCCCGAAGGGUGCGCGCCACAGGCUCGGCCCCAUGGGGCGGAACCACGCGGUCAGAAGGGGGCAUCUCAGCAAGUGCCAUCUGCAGUUCCCCGACGAUUCGCUCGAGACCGCCCUCAGGAUGACCGCCAGCCAGCGGAACGCCCACAGGAACGCGCGCGGGUUCUCGCCCGCGGCGCUGGUCUUGGGAACGCAGCCCAAGAUCCCCGGAUCCCUCUGCAACGAUGACUUCGGCCUGCCGGACCAGGCCGCGUCGGUCGACCCCGAGAGCAAGGUGCACGAGAUGAUGAUCAGGAGAACGGCUGCCGCGACGGCCUUCAUCGAGGCCAACUGCUCGCGCGCCGCGCGAGCGGUGCUGCUGGCGCGCAGCAGGCCAACGUGGGGGAACUACGAGAUCGGCGAGUGGGUCUACCUCUGGCGACCCGAUCAGACGCAGGGGCUGGAGAAGCGCCACUGGCACGGCCCAGCUCUGGCGAUUGCAGUGGAAACGAAAGUCAACGAGGACAACGCGAUGCGCACCUCGGUGGCGCGGGUGACUCACGGGCGCGCGAUCUACCGUUGCACCGUGGAGCAGCUUCGCCCCGAGCUGCCAGGCGGGGCCCGCAAACGAGAAGGACGCAGCGUGGACCCCGGCAGCCCGCUUUGCGCGAUCGAGAAACUCAGGCGCGCGCCCAAGCGGACGAAAGGGGCCAGCAACUGCCGGGACCUCGCCGAGGAGGGGCGCCUGCCCCAGCACGACGACCACAUGGGCGACAUUGGCGAGCAGCAGCAGCCGCGCGCCCAGUCGCCCGUGGAGACGGACGAGACCGACGACCCGACAGGCGGUGCUGCCGCGGCGGCUCCUGGAGAUCCUCGGCCGACGACGGCCGGUGAGGACGAGGGCGGCGAAGCAGCUGCGGCCAGCGCCGGCGCGUCUGGCAGCGCUGCGCAAGAGCCCAGCAGGCCCCACAUCGCGGCGAUGGCUAAGAGGAGCGUCGAGGAGGCUGAGAAGGUGGGCGGCGCCCCGCUGGCCAAGCGCGCCCACCUGUCGUGGGCGAAGCUCGCCCCAGUGAGCGAGGAGGCUGCGCUCGCCGACGAGGUGGACGACGAGAUGCUGUUGUUGGAGGAGUUCACCGAGCAGGUCUACAUGCUGGCCUUGAAAAGGAAAAACCCCGCCAUCGUGGAGGGCGGGCUCAAUCGCACUGCCGGCUGGGAGCCCAUCAGCGAGGCGGAUGUGGAUCCCAGAGCCUGCUGCCCCAUGCGCUUCCUGCUCGAGUGGAAGAUGGAGGAUGGGCAAAAGGUGGCCCACGCGCGCGUACUCUACCAAGGGAUCAAGCACCGCGACGUCGCCGGGGGCCAGCUCGACAGGUCGGCGCCGACCCUCAGCAGGUUUGGCCGACACACGUUCAUGCUCUGGGCGUCUCUAAAGAAGUGGAGGUUGUUCAGCGCGGACGUCAAGUCCGCACUCCUGCAGGCUGAGGACGCGAGCGCGCGAGGCCUCAAGCUGCACGCGAGCCCGACGAAGGAGAUGAGAGAGAUGCUCUCUCACCAAAUCGGCCUGCAACCUGGACAGCUGCUCGAGAUGCUCGAGGUCGCCGACGACCCGUUCGACGCGCGCAACUUCGAGAGCCAGACCCACGUGGUGGAUGGCCUAAUCGGCAAGCGCGUGGGCGACUUCAUCGGGCGCGGCGAAGGCGCGACGAACGAACAGGACCUCUACGCGAAACUUGACGAUACCGGGUGCUUCCAGGCGCGGCUAGGGAUGCUCAGCGAGAAGCUUAAGUUCGGCAUGUGGGAGUUCGGUCGAGCCACCGCGCAGGAUCUCUUGGAUGCGAACAAAGACUUGCGCUUUCUGAUGGCCAACGCGCGCGUUGGGCUGCACUUCGGGCUUAACGAGGCCAGGAGUCAACUGCGACGCGGCAGCUGCACCGACGCGAACUGGGCGAGCCGACAUGAUGGAGGUUCGCAAGGAGGCCACGCAAUCAUCUUUGGCCCCGCGGACGAGCUCGACGCCGGCACCCCCGCACCUUUCGUGGCCAUGGAGUGGGCCUCGACGAAGUUGCAGCGCCUGUGUGGGAGCUCGCUGUCAGCAGAGGCCCAGGCAGCAGCCUGGGGCACGGACUCGCUGAUGCGGGUGAAGGUCUACCUGGCGAGGAGCCUGCGACCAGACCUGGAGCUCGAAGAGGCGAUGGUGCAUCUGGGAACGUCGCCGUUCAUCACUGACGCGAAGUGUCUCCACGACGCGUCGCGCUCGGCGACGGCAGGCCCGGGCAUCGCAGAGAAAAGGGCGGCCAUCGAGGUGGCGAUCGUGGACGAGCAGAUGGCAGAGAUCGGCGCUACCUGGAAGUGGGUGAAUCAUGCAGAAGCAGAUGGCGCACGGACUUGCCACGUUCUCGGCCCACCAGAUGAUGGGCGACGCGCUGCGACGUGGAGCGCGGGCGCCACGAUGUGA